UCAAACCUUCGCAAACAUGAAAGGAUUCACAGUGAAAGGAAACUUUAUGCAUGUAAACAUUGUGGGAAGGCCUUUAUCAGUGAGGGCAACUGUUACAGGCAUGAACGAAUUCAUACUGCAGAAAAAACCUACGUUUGCAAGCAGUGUGGGAAAGGGUUUACACUUUCCUCAUACCUUCAAAAGCAUGAAAGACGCCAUGCUCAAGAGAAACAGUAUACAUGUGCUCAGUGUGGCAAAGCGUUUAGACGGUCCUCAAACCUUCACAGACAUGAAAGAAUUCACAGUGAAAAGAAACUUUAUGCAUGUAAAUAUUGUGGGAAGGCCUUUAUCAUUGCUAGCUACUGUUACAGCCAUGAACGAAUUCAUACUGCAGAAAAAACUUACGUUUGCAAGCAGUGUGGGAAAGGGUUUACACUUUCCUCAUACCUUCGAAAGCAUGAAAGAAUUCACACUGGAGAGAAGCCCUAUACAUGUAAAUAUUGUGGGAAAGCCUUCACCCAUUCUGGUGCUCAUCACAGGCAUGAAAACAUUCACACUAGAGAGAAACCAUAUAUGUGUGUAUAGAGUGUGGGCAGGCAUUCACUUUUUCCAAAUCCCUUCAAAUACAUGAAAGAACUCAUAGUACUAGAGAGAAAUUCUUCGAAUGUAACCAGUGUGGGAAAGCGUUUGCAUGCUUCUUACACUUUCAAAGGCAUGAAAAAUGUCCUCAUGGAAAGAAACCCAUUGGGUAGAACUUGUACCUGCGUAAGCUAUGUGUAACUAGUAACUUGGGUUUGAGACUGUUUGUUUAUCGUUUGCCUUAUUUGCAUGAGGUUUGGGGCAGGAACACACUCAUGGCAGCCCUUCAAGUCGGUUUUGAUUAGUUGUAUUUGAUGGGAAAUUAAAAAUGUAUCAGUGUUA